AUGGCCGGCACUUUACCUCCACUGUUUGAAAUCACGACCGACGAUCAUGGGGGUUACAGUGCCGUGGCCAUCUAUACCUUGCUCGCCUUGACCAUUGUCAUUGUGUCCACUCGUUUAUCAACCCGAUGGUUCAUCGGUCGCGUUGUCCACUCGGAUGAUGGCUUACUCGCCUUGUCAAUGCUGCUCGGUCUCAUACAGAGCAUAUUAGCGCAAUUGGCCAUUUCUCACGGCCUGGGCCGCCGUUAUUUGAACCUCAAUCCGAUUCAGCUGGAAAAGUAUCUCAAGUACGAAUAUGCCGCUCAAAUUUUCCUGGUUGCAACGGUCGCUUUCAGCAAGCUCUCGCUUGGCCUGCUAUUCAAGAACUUGAUGACCUCACGCCGAUCCUCGAUUGCAAACAAGUCGUUGCUGGGUGUGAUUCUUGCAUGGACAUUGGGCUCCAUCUUGGCGCUAUCCUUCCGAUGCUCCAUGCCAACUCCGUGGAGAUGGGAUCAGCCGGAAUCUUGUGGUAAUCAGGCCGUAAUAUUCGAGGUCAUUGGCGUUUUCAACAUCCUGACGGACAUUGCGCUCAUUGUGCUUCCAUGCCUACUACUUCGUAAUGUGCAGUUGACCCAGUUGAAGAAGUUUAGGAUUAUGGCUUUGCUAGCCAGCAGGCUCUUAGUAUGCAUAGCAACAUGCCUACAGAUCAAAUACACGGUGAAGAUGCUCAAUUCACCGGACAAACCAUGGUCAAACACCAACUCUACAAUUUGGGAUCAAGUAAUGAUGAAUCUCAGCAUCAUCACCACCGCCCUACCCUCCCUGGGCCGCCUCGUCAUUGAGCUUCAGCCCAGUAUCCACGCAUACACCAUCAACAAUGAUCCCACCGAUCCUCAAAACCCCAGUAACGGGUACAACUUUACGUCCAUGGGCAAGUCUAAUAACGGCAUGAAACAGGGUACCUCUACCCAAGUGACGAGUGGAUGGCGGGAGUCGCUCGAGGAUGACGGCGAGAGCACCGAAGGGCUGGUUCCAGGCUCCGACCAACUGCAUGUGAUUCAACAGACGAUUCACUUUGAGGUUCACUCGACAAAGAGUGAGGCCUGA